UUGCUGCCGAACUCCGUUCCGUCAGCACUAUACCCGCUCUCGCUGAAGUCUAGUAUUGUGUUUUAACAACAAUGCCGCCCAAGACAAGUGGUAAAGCCGCCAAGAAAUCUGGCAAAGCCCAGAAGAACAUCUCCAAAACCGACAAGAAGAAGAAGAAGCACAAGAGGAAGGAGAGCUACGCCAUCUACAUCUACAAGGUGUUGAAGCAGGUGCACCCCGACACCGGUAUCUCCAGCAAGGCCAUGUCGAUCAUGAACUCGUUCGUGAACGACAUUUAGCGCAUCGCCGCCGAAGCUUCCCGUCUCGCCCACUACAACAAGAGGUCCACCAUCACAUCGAGGGAGGUCCAAACUUCCGUCAGGCUCCUGCUGCCCGGUGAGCGCAAGCACGCCGUCAGUGAAGGCACCAAGGCCGUCACCAAGUACACCAGCUCUAAAUGAGCGGCCGGCAGCUAGCGAAAGCAGCCGCCGACGCCUCCUCGUGACCGCCGCGUUUGUGGACGACGUCGCCGUGUCGUGUCGUGUCGCCGAGCCAGUGUUUGUUGUUCGUGUGUUCCGGGUGUGUGCGCCAUGGUGUUUUGUGCGAGUGUUGAUCGAUUGCGUCGUCGUGUGGGUUUACGUAUAUAUAUACAUAGGUAUCUUACUUACCAAUUUAUUAUGUACGUACGCGCACACGCACGGGCGCUUAUCGAGAUGCAUUUCGAGAACCACGCCACCAGACGCCACAAACCGCCGCCACGUCGAAAAUCUGGCCACGAGCACGCACGCACCGACUGCACCGCACCGCCGCACCGCCACAGGGGAUGGCUGGAUAACAAAAAGGCCCUUUUCAGGGCCACAAA